AUGGAGCUAAAAAAUGCAGAUUAUGAGGCUAACGAAGGAAGAUCAAGAGUUAGGGAAGACUACGUACCCCGACCCAGAGCUUUGGAAAGGAUUCCACACCAGAAUUUCAUAGGAACGGUUGUGGAAAUUGUAAGUGGGGAUCACAUCAUCAUUGUGGCUGAUGAUUCUUUUAAAGAUAGCAGUGAACACGAGUAUGAAGUUCUUCUUUCAAGUAUUUCAUGUCCGAAAUCGGACGGUAGUGGAGUAGAACGGGAGGUGUAUGCCUAUGAAGCGAAGGAGUUUGUGAGAGCACUCCUUAUUGGUCGUCAAGUGCAUGUUGAAUUGGAGUAUUCAAGGAAACACGACACAGAAAAUAUAAAAACAUAUCACCACGGAUCAGUUUUCCUUGUAAAUGCUCUUGAUGGCCAGAAUGUUUCUGAGUUGGUCGUCGCAGAAGGCCUUGCCACUGUUUUGAAACGUGAUGAUAUUGAGGUGGUAUCAAACUAUUAUGAUGCCCUUUGUAACGCAGAAUCAUCGGCUAUUCUUAAUAAGAAAGGAAUGCAUUCUGGCGUGGAUCCCCUAGUCAUGGACAUAAAAGACGUGUCAGAUGCAACGUGGCAGGAAGCUGGUAAUGCCAGUAAUCAUAUAUUUUUUUACUUAUAUGGUAAAUACAACAAAGUUCCUGCUGUCGUGGAAUCUGUAGUUCAUACUAACAAUAGGAAUAAAAUUAUACUAUUCAUUCAACAAUAUGGGGAAACAUGGAGGAUUGCCUUCUCACUUUAUGGUGUCAUAUGGCCCAGAGAUGAGGAGCCCUAUGCAGCUGAAGCAUUCCGACUUCUGAGGCGAACCAUACUCCAAAGAAGGGUGGAGGUUGAACUGAGCACUAAGCAUCCUAUUGAUUAUGAUGGAUAUUUCGUGGGAACUUUAUUGUUGGAGUCAAAUACCCAUGCGGCAAUCCCCCUCCUUCAAGCUGGCCUUGCAAAACUUGCAAAAAUGGAAGGAGAGUAUCCUAAAGGCGCUUACCACGAUGAACUUGAUAAAGCUCAGAAGUCUGCAAGAACGAAGAAACUGAAAAUGUGGGAGAAUUAUGUUGAACCAUCUUACCAAUGCACUGGCGCUAUGGAGGGAGAUAACUAGUAUAGGCUAAGAAAUUUGAAGAAAAUAAAUUUUAUCGUAUAGUUUAGCCUU